AGUUGCGGAAGUCGUUGAAUACGCAACUGACCACGUCCUGAAUUUUGAAUAAUAAUAUUUUCUCGAUCCAAAAUUAUAGUGCAGGAAAGCUUAACUAAAAAUAAAGAAACAGUACAUUAUUUACUAUUAUGAAACGAUUCAAGAUAUAUCGUCUUUUAAAAUAUCUGGCUCCCGCAACCGAUCAUGUGAUUCUUCUCGCAGCCGGCUGUGUGUGCGUUUCGGCUGCUUACCUGAGGAGCCAAGAUGUCUUUACCGAAGAUUAAAAAUGUCGAAAAGGAGUCCUCCUUGGGCUACGUGUACGCGGUGUCCGGACCCGUCGUCACGGCGGAGAAGAUGUCCGGGGCGGCCAUGUACGAGCUCGUCCGUGUAGGGCACGAGGAGCUUGUCGGGGAGAUCAUCAAGUUGGAAGGAGACAUGGCCACCAUCCAGGUUUACGAGGAGACCUCGGGAGUGACGGUGGGGGACCCCGUUCUGCGGACGGGCAAGCCCCUGUCGGUGGAGCUCGGGCCGGGCAUCAUGAACAACAUCUUCGACGGCAUCCAGCGUCCGCUGCGAGAAAUCCACGCCCUGUGCAAGAGCAUCUACCUGCCCAAGGGCGUGAGCACGCCGGCCCUCAGGCGGGACCUUAAGUGGGAGUUCAACCCGACCACCUUCAAGGUUGGCAGUCAUGUGACCGGUGGUGAUAUCUACGGCGUCGUGCACGAGAAUGAUUUGAUCAAGCACAAGAUUAUGUUGCCCCCAAAGUCAAAAGGCACAGUGACUUACAUCGCCGAACCUGGAAACUACACUGUCAGUGACGUUGUGCUGGAGACAGAAUUUGAUGGCGAGAAGAACACCUACACCAUGAUGCAGGUGUGGCCUGUGCGCACCAUGAGGCCAGUCACUGAGAAACUGGCGGCAAACCACCCGCUCCUGACUGGACAAAGAGUGCUGGAUGCCCUCUUUCCGUGUGUCCAGGGAGGCACCACUGCCAUUCCCGGUGCCUUUGGUUGUGGCAAGACUUGCAUCUCGCAGGCCCUCUCCAAGUACUCCAACAGCAACGCCAUCGUCUACGUCGGUUGCGGAGAACGUGGCAACGAGAUGUCGGAAGUGCUCAGGGACUUCCCCGAGCUGACAACAGAGGUAGGAGGCAAGAAUGUGUCCAUCAUGGACCGUACAACACUCGUUGCCAACACCUCCAACAUGCCUGUCGCUGCCCGUGAGGCUUCUAUCUACACAGGCAUCACUCUCUCUGAGUACUUGAGGGACAUGGGCUAUCACGUUGCUAUGAUGGCCGACUCUACCUCGCGUUGGGCCGAAGCCUUGAGGGAAAUUUCCGGUCGUCUGGCUGAAAUGCCGGCUGAUUCUGGUUACCCGGCCUACCUCGCCGCCCGUCUGGCCUCCUUCUACGAGCGGGCCGGCCGAGUCAAGUGCCUCGGAAACCCCGAGAGAGAGGGGAGCGUGACGAUUGUUGGAGCCGUGUCUCCGCCCGGAGGAGACUUCUCGGACCCCGUGACGUCAGCCACGCUGGGCAUUGUCCAGGUGUUCUGGGGCCUGGACAAGAAGUUGGCCCAGCGAAAGCACUUCCCCUCGGUGAACUGGCUCAUUUCGUACAGCAAGUACACCCGUGCUCUGGACGACUACUACGAGAAGAACUUCUCGGACUUUGUGCAGUUGAGGACCAAGUGCCAGCAAAUUCUUCAGGAGGAAGAGGACCUUUCUGAAAUUGUGCAGCUUGUUGGAAAGGCGUCGCUGGCGGAGACUGACAAGAUCACGCUGGAGGUGGCCCGCCUGCUGAAGGACGACUUCCUGCAGCAAAACAGCUACAGCACAUACGACCGGUUCUGCCCCUUCUACAAGUCGGUGGGCAUGCUGCGCAACAUGAUCGGCCUGUACGACCUCUCCCGGGCGGCCGUGGAGUCCACCGCCCAGAGCGAGCGCCGCAUCACCUGGGCCAUCAUUCGGGAGGCCUUGGGGGACCUGCUCUACCAGCUCAGUGCCAUGAAGUUCAAGGAUCCUCUCAAGGAAGGGGAAAAGAAGAUCAAGCAGGACUUUGAAGAGCUGUUUGAGAACAUCCAGCAAGCCUUCCGCAACCUAGAAGACUGAGCUGCCAUAUUCUGCCGCGAGCACUGCCAGGGAUCCGGAGGGCAGCACGUGAGGCGUCCUGGCCAGCCCAAUCCCCGUGGUGUUUAUUCUAUCUCAUUCCAGUAGAGCCCGCCGCCCCUUGGCGCGGGUAGGCUUGCAGGCGUCCGAGAGGACCGGUCGAGCGUGUUAGGUGUUGUAGCAUUGUGCAUAGCAGUAUGGAGCGCCGAAAGCAAUACUUGGUGUGACCUAGUGCCCGGUUUCAUGUACAUAAACCUGUUCCUUUUCUGUUUUCCUACGUUACGUGGUCCUGGCACCUUGUACUUUGGAGGAGCUGUCUUUGUUGCUCUAUGUAUGCUUAUGCGGAAGUUGUUGAAGUAUUACCCUUGAUUCUACAAUUACAGUCAUUGAGCAGACUCCUUCCACUUGAUGUCCUUGGUCUCAGGUACUAUGGAAGUGUCGAGAAUAAAAUCUAAAUGUGAAUGUUUCA